AUGGGUGAUGGAGCAAACCCGAAAAAUGAAGAAAAGCAAAAAAACACUGAAGCCACUUCUGAAAGGGAAAAAGCUGAAUCCCUCCCCAUUUCAAAUGCAAAGGAGGACAUGAAGAGAAAGGGAAAUGUGAAGAACCCCAGCAGACCAAACCCUGGGCCCAAUGGAGGGACUUGGCAAUAUCAACCCAAUCCCACAUUUAGACCCCAUCAGGGCAGUGUCCAGUUUAAUCCCUGGCACGAGAUUGCUUAUCUCAGACAGCAACUUGAAGCCUCCCAAUACCAUCAGAAUAACCUUUACUUGAACAUGGUAGCUGCAAACAAGAGGGCCUCUUAUCACCAGUUUCAGGUGAACAAACUUCAUGAACAAAUGCAUGAGACCAAGAGAAAUCAGGAGGAAACAAUUAAAGACCUCAUAGAGCAGCUAGAGGAGGCUUCUAGUAAUAAGCCCAAUGACAUCAGUGAGACUGACACUCUCACAAAUGACAAUGAAGCUAUUGUCAUACUGGAUGAGGUGAUGGUUGCCCUGCAGGACCAAAUCAGCCACCCUACCACAGAGCAGUGUGUGGAGUCUGCCACUCCAACCACAGAGGCUUCACACACUGACUCUGUAGGACUGAUGUCCUCUAAGGAGGCUGAAUUUGAGGUCCAAUGUAGAAUUCAGCAAGAGCAGAUUGAGAUGCUCCAGAAACAGCUCCUAGCAGCUCAAAAUCAGCUUGAAGAGCAGGCCGUUAAACAUAGGCAGGAGCAGGAGACACUCAACCUGGAAAUCAGUGACCUGAAAUCACAGCUUUGCUCCAACAAGGCCCUUCAUGAUUUGAAGGUUGAGUCUCUUGAACAAGAGCUGAAAGAGGCCAAAGCCUCCUCACUUAAAAUCGCACAGGAGCCGGAAGAACAAAAUGCAAAUGAAAUGCCUCUGAAAGAAAAACACGCUGGAGGAGAGAAGAUGGAAAAAGAGGACUCACUGCCAUCCACUGCAAUGUCUCUGCAGGAGCCUCUGAAAGAAAAAGACACCAGACAACAAGAAAAAGAAGAAAAAGAGGACUCGCCUGCAUUGUCUGUGCAGGAGUCUUUGCAAAGUCUACGAGACAAACAGAAAAUGUUCAAUGUCAAGGUGGCUGAACUCGAGACUGAGGUUAAGAGCCUGCCAGAGGUUCCGCCAAGUAAGAAGAAGAAGAAGAAGCGGAACUGCCUGCGUCCCCAAUUUCACCUAAUUGGUCUCAACAUCAAGUCCUAA